AUGAGUAGUGGCUCAAAAAAAAAAUUAUCGGGAGCCCAAUUCAAGAAACGGCGGCUGGAAAUGGUGGCAGAGAGGGAAAAACUAAGUGGAUCUAUGAACAAAUUUUUAAAAUCUAACUCUUCCACUCCACAACCUUCCCUAUCAAAUGUAGAACUUGAUCGAGAGACUUUGGUUGAUGAUAAUCAGCAGCGAGACAGCAGUAUUCCGGUAUGCAAUGAUAGAGAAGUUACUCCAUUGUUUAUCACGGAUAAUAUGAAUGUUGAUAUAGCCGACCCAGCUACAUGGCCUAAUUUAUUGAGCAACAACUUAGUUGAACUAAUUGUCACGAAAGGCGCUGUGCAGAUUAUAGAAGAUUUUCCAGUUGAUGAAACCGGAAGAAAAUUUUCAUCCGUUAAAUAUACAAGAAAAUUACCAAACGGCGAAAAAGUUCAUAGGGAUUGGCUAGUAUAUUCUAAAACAACUAAUGCUGUGUUUUGUAUUUUUUGUAAAUUAUUUAGUUCUCUGUCCCAUCAAUUGAUUUCUGGUUACUCUGAUUGGAGACACCUAUCGACCACUAUUUCCCGCCACGAUAAUAGUAUGGAACAUGUAAAAUGCGCUCAAAAAUGGUACGAGUUAAAAUUACGGUUGGAUAAAGGUUGUACUAUUGAUAAAGAGCACCAGAAACAAUACGAAAUUGAAAAAAAACGGUGGCGUGCAAUUAUUAAAAGGAUGAUUUACAUUGUGCAAUAUUUAGCCGGUCAAAAUCUAGCAUUCAGAGGAGAUAGUCAAAGUCUUUAUGAACUGAAUAAUGGCAAAUUUUUAAAAUUAGUUGAGAUGGUUGCUAAAUUUGAUCCAAUUAUAAUGGAGCAUUUAAAUAAUAUUCAAAACUCGAAAAACUUAAAUCAACAUAUGCCUCAUUAUUUAGAUGAAACUCCCGAUGCUAGUCAUAUUGAACAGCUCACUUUUAUAGUACGAUUUGUUCAUUGUACCCCAGGGGCAGUAGAAAUUAGAGAACAUUUUUAG